UGCCUGCUCCUGGGCCUCCGGGAGAGAGAAGGAUCCGGGGCUCCGAACUCAGCUUGUGGACAAGUAAGUCUGAUUCGCCCUCGGCUCUGCCGGAAGCGGCACAGUUUGACUUACUAGUCCAUCGGUCCUCGACGGGGCAGCCCUCUCCCUCUCGACCCUCUCCGCCUCCCUUCUGCCCCUUCAUUCGAAGGCCGAAGCCCGCAGCCUGGGCGGGGCGGCGCAGCCGGAGCUCCUGGACCCGGAAGAAGCGCCAUCUCCCGCCUCCGCCAUGGAGCCCACCGCGCCGUCCCUCACCGAGGAGGACCUGACUGAAGUGAAGAAGGACGCUUUAGAAAAUUUGCGUGUAUACCUGUGUGAAAAAAUCAUAGCUGAGAGACAUUUUGAUCAUCUACGAGCAAAAAAAAUACUCAGUAGAGAAGACACUGAAGAAAUUUCUUGCCGAACAUCAAGUAGAAAAAGGGCUGGGAAACUGUUAGACUAUUUACAAGAAAACCCCAAAGGACUGGAUACCCUGGUCGAAUCUAUUCGACGAGAAAAAACACAGAACUUCCUUAUACAGAAGAUUACAGAUGAAGUGCUGAAACUUAGGAAUAUAAAACUAGAGCAUCUGAAAGGACUGAAAUGUAGCAGCUGUGAGCCUUUUCCUGAUGGAGCCACGAAUAACCUUUCUAGAUCAAAUUCAGAUGAGAGUAAUUUCUCUGAGAAACUGAGAGCAUCCACCAUCAUGUAUCACCCAGAAGGAGAAUCCAGCACGGCCCCCUUUUUUUCUACCGAUUCUUCUCUGAAUUUGCCUGUUCUAGAAGUAGGCAGAACUGAAAAUCCCACCUUCUCUUCAACUACACUUCCGAGACCUGGGGACCCUGGGGCUCCUCCUUUGCCUCCAGAGCUGCAGUUAGAAGAAGAAGGAAACUCUAGUGAGAUGUUUCUUCCCUUACGAUCGCGGGCUGUUUUGCGGCAAUGACAGUUUACUGCCUUUUAUUUUUUUUUUAAUGAUGACAAAAAAUAUUGAAAAGGAUAUGAAUCAUAAAAUUGCUACAGUGACUUACUAAUAUUGAUACAUGUUUUAUAAAAUGCAACAUAAACAUACUUUGUAAAUAGAAUUUUCUAGAAUAAAAACAUUUUUAGAGAGCUAAAGUCAGUGUUAAUCAUAUUCAAUGUUGAUCAUGUACUUUUCAGUAUUUUCAAAUUUCAGAAGUUUGAGAUUUAGUGUUUUCACUCUCUUUGUGUGUUUAGACUAACUUUAAUAGACAACAUUUCUCUAUUUGAGAAUAGAAUGUUAGACCGUGAAUAAUGUUUCUUCCUUGUGAGUUUACGUUAAUAAGUUUCACAGUCUAAUAGUCCUUUCCAACCAUUCAGCAGUAAAUUUUCAGAAUUAAGCUGUUUCCAUUUGGUAAUAAAGCCUAUCACUACUGGGAAAACUGCCAGCAGACAGAAAAAAAUCUUUUCCCCACUUAGUUGGCUUCCAGACACUUGCAAAGUCCCCUUUUGAUUCAGAGGGAUAUCUAAUGGAGUUUGAGCCAGCUAAGGUAUCAAUUUGCCAAAAUACAUGUCUUACUAAUUUUACUAAUAAAUACUACUUCCUUAAAAUUGUGACAUUCUUUGCUUUAUCAUUUUUAUUCCUAAAGAAAAAUCUUAGCAUAAACUUCAGUUAUUUCAUAUAAUUUGAUGAGAUUUUUAAAAAUACUUUUUUCUGUAUUUUUUGUUCCCUUUUAAUGAAGACCACUGUACAAUUGAAAUAAUUAGGACAAAAUGGUUUUUGUGUGUGUAUAUUACAUUCUAUUUUUAAUACUGUCUGGAACAAGCAGAUCAUUUUUUCUAUGACAAAGUAUGACUUACUUUACAAAUUUAUAAAUCUUCUGCUUUCAUUGUUUUCAUUAAAUUAUAAUUAUGUUUCCAGAUACCUGUCUCAUAUAUAUUUCCAUUACUUGCAAAAAGCAGAGAUGGAAAUAUGCUAUUGAAAAUAAACAUUUUUAAGUUGUA